CCAGCUUGCAUUACUGAUGGCUGCAAGCAUGGCUAUCGACCCCUACCUCGCGGCCGCCGCCGCUCUCUGUCUUCUCCUUCACCUCCUCCUCCGUGGCUUUCUCCGCAGGUCGACCUCCCGCCUUCCCUUACCCCCGGGCCCUCGCGGCUUCCCCAUCAUCGGCGCGCUGCCGCUCGUCGGGGCCAAAGCGCACGCCAACCUCGCCCGCCUCGCCAAGCACUACGGCCCCAUCAUGUUCCUCCGGCUAGGCUCCCACGGCUGCGUCGUCGCCUCCAACGCCGACGCCGCCCGCUCCUUUCUCAAGACCCUCGACGCGCAGUUCGCCAACCGCCCCGACCCCCUCAGCGCCCGGGACGUCACCUACCAGCGCCAGGACCUGGUCAUGGCCGACUACAACCCGACGUGGAA